UGCAGCGAGAGGCGUUGUGCACGGACCACGGUAUAGAAAGGGCAAAACCCGAACCUGAAUCUACCUUUCUUCUCACUCUCACCUGAACGACGCUGUCUUCAUUCUCUCUCAUUGUUCUCUAAUGGCAUCCACACUAUCAUCAGCCAGUGCUGACAAUCUUGACCUUCAAGAAGUUGUUUCUAAAGGCUCAUUAGAUUUUGAUGAAUGGAUCUUACUGAUUUCAGAGAUCGAGAAACUAUAUCCUGAUGAUGCGGACAAAAUAUGUUUGGUGUAUAACCAUUUCUUGUCCAAAUUUCCUUUGUGUUAUGGGUAUUGGAGGAAGUAUGCUGCCCACAUGGCAAGCUUAUGCACCACUGAUAAGGUUGUUGAAGUAUUUGAAAAAGCUGUAUUAGCAGCAACAUAUUCAGUGGGCAUGUGGGUUGAUUACUGUAGCUUUGGCGUGUCAGCUUUUGAGGACCCAUCUGAUAUUCGGAGAUUGUUUAAGAGAGCCAUUUCCUUUGUUGGGAAGGACUACUUAUGUCAUAUCUUGUGGGACAAGUAUAUUCACUUUGAGUUUUCCCAGCAGCAGUGGAUUUCUCUUGCUCACAUUUAUAUCCAAACUCUAAAGUUCCCAACAAAAAAGUUGCAUCAGUAUUAUGAUAGGCUCUGAAGUCAUACCUUGUAAUAACUCUUAAGCCCAUCUUCUUGUGCUCCUUUUCCCUCUUUGCUUGUGGGUUAUUCUUGAAGUUGAUAGCUUGUAUUGUUAUGAGGUAUGAAAUAUAAUGGGUUAUGUUUACAAAUUUGACGACAGCUUAUCUGAUAGAGUGGGCUACAGAUAGAGAGAAUACUAGUAAGGAGAUAGCUUUCAAUUUUAUCCCCCAGUUUGAGUGAGGGAGUUUGCUAUGUUACCGUUGGUGAGCCUUACACAUUGUCUGGUAAAACCCAGCUAAUUAUUUAUUUUUUGUUAUAGACAUAUGCUUGAAUGCCUUGUAGCUGUAGGGUAGUGCACUAGUGCUAUUAGAUAUGUUCCAUUAUUUCUACAACAAGGAUAUACGAAAGUAUGAACUAUAUUAAAAGGCAUUUUAUAUUCCCGAGGCCCUGUGGUGAUUGUUGUGAAUUAUCUAUAUAAAGUGGUGGAUUAAUUAUAUAUUUGAGAAUUAUGUUAAGUUUAUUUUGCAACUUAAUAAUACUUUUCUUAUACCUUGGGUGGUUGGGUAAUAGUUGUUGAGAAUUUCUGAUGCAUGACUUGGGUGAGCCUAAUGGUCUUUGUUAGUCAUUACAGUGAGCCCUGAUUCAGGCCAUGACAUCUGUUUCACAGUAUGUUUUGUAGUUUUGAUUCUUCUGAUUACCUAAAUUUAGAGUUUUAAAAAUCGGUUUAGACAGGCUAGUAGUUUAGCAGGUUUGAGCUAUUUAUUGGGUUGGACAUGUUGAGCUUAGGAGAGCUUGAAGCUUAAAGGAGUUUUGAUGAUCACAAUGUGUGUGUACAACAACAACU